UACAAGUUCUUGCUGAUUAUUAAAUUAUCUUUAUUAAUUGUCUUGAUGAGAUCGUUGCACCUGCGUGUUCUAGAUUCUGUUUAAAAGGCGGCAAGGGGCUCCAUACCAUCAGUACUAGUGAGUCGGGAUUGCACUGAGGUGUUUUCUGCAGUUAAAAAUGUGUCUUUUAUCACAGAUCCGUCAUAAUAUUUGGUUAGUGUUGUUCACGAACUCGAUUCCUCUCGCUACUCUGAUCAGCUUUCCUGACAAAGAAGUAACUCAGAACUCUGAGAAUUAUAUUUUGCUGCCUCUACUAAACGUUCUGACCAACAAGAAUGGUUGGGAUUACCGAGGUCCUGCAAAACCGGAUGUUAGUCAUUUGAAGUAUAUGAAGAGACUUUAUACCGUGGCCGCGACACAAGAUGGAAUACCUCGGCGACUUGUGGGCCAUCUCUACAACACUGUGAGAUUACUGACACCACGGGCUCAGUUCCGUUCCACACAAGUAUUUAAACAAGAUGUCCUCUAUGGCCUGGCGCCCAUCACUUCUCGGGAACGAUUACUCCGAUCCGUGCUCCUGUACUCGGUCACUAAAUCGGCGUACUUUCCCGUCCUGUGCACCUGCAACCUCACUGUCCACGAGCCCUAUUCCGACCAGAUGUGCUCCGACAGUCCUCGUUCGCACAGCUUCCACGUCCAGUUCGGGCGCAGGAACAGGCACAAGUGGGUUGAAGUGGACCUGGCCUCCUUCCUCCAGCCGUUCGUCAGGCCACACCGGGGCAACCUUAACGUAGUCUUCAGUUACAAGUGCGCCAAAGCAGGCAACGGCACAGGAGUUUCGGAACUGACCCUGGUGCCUCCCUCUUUGCUUCUGUUUCUCAACGACACCCGGGUGCAGACACGCCACAGCUGGUUCCCGAUGGAAAUGGGCGAGCAAUCCCGGAUGGGCCAAGUGCACAAACUGAAGAGUCGUUCCACUGAGAACGGUGUGCAGGGCUUGAGCUCCAGCCCCAGCCGCCGCAGAGGACCCAGAAGUGACCGGGAAGGGCUGUACCAUCCGCGAACGGCUCGCCGCUAUCCCCAGUUCCAGGACCCCGAUCAAGAAUGCCAACUUCACGACUUCCGACUGUCUUUCAGCCAGCUCCGGUGGGACCGCUGGAUUAUAGCACCCCAUAACUACAAUCCUCGUUAUUGCAAAGGCAGCUGCCCACGGGCGCUCGGUCAUCGUUAUGGAUCCCCGGUUCACACCUUGAUCCAGAAUAUUCUCUACGAAAAAGUGGACUCGACAGUACCUCGCCCCUCCUGCGUUCCUUCCAAAUAUAAUCCGCUGAGCGUGUUAACGCUGGAGAGCGAUGGCUCCAUCGCGUACAAAGAGUACGAGGAUAUGAUUGCUACCAUGUGCACAUGCCGCUAGUGGGUAAAAGACUAGACAUUUCUCUGCAUCUGAAAUUUGUCACUGCUUGCGAAGCCAAGAAAAUCGCAAUUUGUAUUUUUAGUUGUAAUUUAAUGAACAUUUAAGUGAAAUGAAAGUCGUGGAGUACAACUCCCUCCGACUAAGUGUGGAUGUGACUUCGUUUAUUUUGGAUUUUUGCUAAUGUGUCCUGGAUUUUGUCUAAACGUUAUGGAACUGAUUUUAGUGUUUACAUUUGUUUAAACUGUGUCGAAAGCAGAGACAACGUGGCCGGAAGGACUGUUUUUUCUUGGCCGUACAAGCACGAGGUUUUGCAUACUAAACCCACGAUCCCUCCCUUCCCAAAUUGGAUAACAUUUUAAAAUGCACCAUGCGCAAAUUUUAUUUGGAUAUCUCAAUAUUUGAAGUUCUACCUAAAUGAAAUUCUCGGACUGCAACCGUGCACGGAUAUACGCACAAUUGACGGCAGUAAAGUGUUCACAAUUGGGUUGUAAUUCCAUUCACCUGAAAAUGUAAAAUGAUUUGGGAGACUACUCCACUGGUGGGAAAAUUCUUACAUAGCUACAAGAGAAUUUUAAAUUUUUAAAAGAUUCAUUGAGUGAAUUAAUGUUGCUUUCGCACGGUUGUGGUGUGUGAUACGAACGUUGGUGAUGUAUGAAGUUGCUUUAGUGCAUGAAAUGUUUUGAACAAAGACAUCCUGCUUGAAGGCCAAAGAAAAUAAAUAGCAAUGACAAACUAUUUCUUUAGGUUAUUUUCUGCUGGGGGGAGAAGAGGGUGGUGGAAAUGAGAUGAACAUCUGA